AAUAAAUUGGUGCCGCGAACAAUCUGAAACGAUCAUUUAGGUCGUGUUUAUGAAGUAGGACCCUAAAAUAAGUACAAAACAUGAAUAAAAAGUGCGAAGGAACGUGUGAGAAAACGAAAAUUCAAACGUCGGACAACGAAAAGGAUAAAUGAAAGCAACUAAACUUUAAUCAGAACGUUUAUAUCUCUACCAGGCGUUUGAAUAUGUUCUACGAGGCAUUCGUAUUCACCAUUUGUGACCAAAUCGGUGUUAUUUUACGUUGCCAGGCAAGGAAGACAAAAUCUCAAAUUCGUCAGAUUUAAUUUACCUCGUCCUUAUUUGUGAAUUCAUCAUCAACAAGCUAUCGAUCGUGUAUCUUUUCAUUUGCUCAGCAUAUGUAGAAUUAGCUGGGUUCCUUUCGCUUCAUCCAGAUCUACUCUAAUCUGAAUGGUGCAUGGGAUGGAUUCUUGAUUUCACUGCGGAGUUCUGGACUUUAUAGCCUGUAUUUGUGGAUAACACUCACAACACACUGUACCAUGUUUCCCUGAAAGUAAUUUGGGAAAAAAUGUCAGAAACUCAGAGUCUUCAUCAAGAAUCUAAGACCAUUCAAAACCACAAUCAUCAGCAUCAUGGUUUCUACUCAGAGCAGAAACCUGUCCUUUCUGAUAACUCACAAGUUCAUCAUGCCCAUGUGCAUGAGACUCUGCUGCGGGUCCCAAAAACUGAGGUAGAUUUUGACGUACAUCUUGAUGCACAGUAUCAUGGAGUAGACUGCAGUCAUCUGGACAUUCAUUGCAUGACUGUUCAGGAGCAUCCAUUGUGUCAUAGUAAUGGUGAUGGUCUUCUGGAUGAACUGGAUGAAGGAGAUCAGGACAACAAUUGCACAAAUGAAGCAAAUGUUCAAUCAGAUGGAGAUAAUCUACCAGAACAACAGCCGAUUGCCCCUUCUCACAAUCAGGGAACAAAUCAACUCACACUUUCAUAUCAGGGCGAGGUUUACGUCUUUGAUUCUGUGCCACCUGAAAAGAUACAGCAGGUGCUUUUGUUGUUGGGAGGUCGUGAAUCAGUGGCAGCUGCACAGACUAGCGUAAGAGACAUCCCUCUUGUGAGUCCUCAUUAUCAGAAGGGUUCAUCUGAUAUUUCAGAUCGUUUGAAUCAACCACACAGAAUUGAGUCUCUUAAAAGAUUUCGAGAAAAGCGUAAGGAACGCUGUUUUCAUAAGAAGAUCCGUUACACAGUACGCAAAGAAGUUGCUCUAAGGAUGCAACGCCAUAAAGGUCAAUUUACGUCAUCAAGAAACAAUUCUGAUGUUUUAACAUCAGAGGAGCAGAAGUGGGAUUCAUCCGAGGAAUGGAACCAAAACACUAAUGUCAAACAAGAAGAAGUUGUUUGCCUUCAUUGUGGUGUUGGCGAAAGAUCUACUCCAAUGAUGCGUCGCGGCCCAUCUGGACCGAGGACACUUUGCAAUGCCUGUGGGUUGGUAUGGGCCAACAAGGGAGUGCUGAGGGAUCUUUCAAAAUGCCCUACCAUCUUGGGAAGCCAGUAUCAAUCUCAAAUUUCACAUGAGCAGAAUAAUCCAAUAACAGAAAGCAAGAAUGCUGAUUCGGGAGUGACCCUUGUCCGAGAACUUCCGGUUCAUUGAGAAAGAUAAUCUUUGGAGCUGGGAAAUAUCGAUCAGAAUCUCUGUAAUAGGAACAUGAUCAUGUAACAUAUUCUAGAACAAUAUUUAUGUUUACAAAGAAAGGACUCAAAUAUAUGAAUUCAUUAACAUAUGUAAAUUCAUUCCAUUAUUUCACCAGGGAGACCAAGCCUGGACAAUGAUUUAAACUGAUAUUUUAAUAAUAGGAAAACAUGCAGAUCUUAGACCACGGAAGCACUGAUCUGUAGACCACUUCAGCAAGAUAUAGGCAGCAGAACAUAUGAUAAUAUCUCAUGUAGAGAGCUCUCAUACAUCAUAAAGAAGAUCAUUUAAAACUUGAACAGAUUCAUAUUCCAGGUUGACUAGUCAGGGUAAAGAUCCUUGUAACUAUUUUCAGUAAAGAAGUACCAUAUAUUUAACAGAAGAAAAUGUUGAAACUGAGGAGCUAAUAAUUGCUGCAUAUUGUAUUGUUGUACACGAAUCAUUUUCCUGAGAAGUUAAAAGACAGGUAGGCUGGUCUAUUUAUUGGCGAUGCAUUGCUAUAAACAACUUUUAUCUAUUGAAUUGUUGUAAAAUUGAGAUUGUUUUUAAAGGUGCC